AUAGAGGCGGUCUUGCUACGUUUACCUUGCUGGUUGACCACUAACAGAAAAGACUUGAUCCUCCCGGGCUGUUGCCUCUUCCCGAUAUCCCGGAGAGUUCUGGCCGAGCGCACAAGAUGUGAUACUGUGCAUCGAUUAACGUGCUAGUGAAAUCAACACAUGCCUAGCGGGAUUGCAUUACCUACGGCCUGUCUACAGUUGGGAGUCAAAAUCACAGAAGACUGACCCGAGAAGCGGCGCAUCAACAGCACAAUGCUCGGCCGUUGCAGAUCCACCUUGUCUUGUCUUACAAUGUUGUACACUGCAGGCAGGUGACAGCAUGUACAUGGUACGGUAGCGAGCGCUUCAUGGUGGUACCGGAAUGGCGGGAAAAAAAGAUGAAGGGCCCAGCGCUGAGGCGUGCGUGCAAGUUUCCUACUAUCAUCCCCAAUAUUAACAACUGAGCACACUCCUGUUAACAACCCCUUUUUCCAUCGUCAAUGCCUCAAUGGUGUUAUAUUCAGAGGCAUGGUACUUGCCAUGGAAAGACGGUGAUUGACUCGGCUAUGCAUAAUCCUUCACUGAUCCAGACGAUCCAUGAACCGGGAUUGAACUACAAGCUUUCCUUCUCUCCUCCCAGUCAGAAAUACAUAGUUUACAUAUAUGCAGCACGGUCCACGCUUGUUGCAGACUCGCUGCGGCCCGCUACGAAACGAACGGUUACAAAAUGGCCGCAGACAUGGGCCGCAGACCAAGCGAUGCACUUCAUCUACCUCGAUCGGCUCUUAUGAUUGCAUCCGCCAAUGUCAUCCAAGAAGCACCAACCUCCCCCGGUCCCGCCUUGAGGGUUCGCUCGCAGCCGCACACCUUCCUAUCUGAGUCUCGUGAUGAAUCCGAUUUCUUCGUCACUGGCCUACACAAGCAGGGUAUUGAUAGGGUACUUUCAGCGGGCUGUUACAUUCCCCGUCUCCCCUGCUUAAAACCCCUGUCUUUGAUCUUCCGGACUGCUCAAGGGAGGCGAGUGAAAAUGUUUGUACAUGGCAACGGGCAUCGUUGA